AUGGCUAAUGAGCAAGAUCCCAAUAAGUCUCUCCUUAAUGACGUUCUGGCUCGGAGUAUGUCCGAACUUUAUGAUGAUGAUGACGAUAACGAUAGUGAUAUGUGUAGGGCAAACGAUGAAGGAGAGGAUGUUUUUGAUCUCCCACUUAAAGCAAGUGUGUCUCAGAGUCGGAACUUCUCUGAAGUAAACGAUGUAUUAGAUCCGCUUUCUAGUUUGCAUGGCCCGUCCAAGAAGGUUAGGUUUGAACAGCAAAAGCAACAACAGCAACAACAGCAAAUUAAUAAUGACUUUAAUACAAACGUAAACCUGAGAAGCCCGUCCGGCAAAAAAAUGGGUGUAGAGCAGCUAAUACAGUCUGCGAACGAGAUCAACGAUUUCUUCGCUAACAACAUUGACAAGGUAAAUGGCUUUAACUCGGAGCUUUUGAGCAGUAGUAGCAAGUUACCUGGAAGGGCAAAGAGCGACACAGCAACUCAAGGUACCGGUCGCUUAGAUUCUAUGUCCAACUUUGCUUUGAGCGACACCGAGCUAGACAAUGAUGAUGAUAAUUAUCUCUUGGAUCCUCUUUCAAAUGCUAAUUCUAGUACUGCAACUGCGGAACAUCAUGGCUAUAGCUUAUUAGACAAGGCUUUAUCUGCGUCUGAUAAGGAAAUAAUAUACACGAAUAAAGUGAAUUCGAAUAGUCAGAUAGACUCUGAUAAUUAUUCUCACGAGAGUGGAGCCAGUACUAAUAACGAGACAGAUGACAAUGCAUCUCCAGAGAUCCUAGACUACACAAAAUUUGAUUCGUUCCCUUAUCCCCCGUCCUCUGCGUCUAAUGAAGAACCACCAGAUUUAAGAGUGCUAAGUAUCGAGUGUGAGCAGGAAAACGAAAAAGAGCUACGACGAAUAUCUUUAUUGUUGGAUCAUUACGAAUCGAUACCGAAAAUACCAAAUUUGUCAGAUAAUGAGGCCCUAUCUAAAUUUCGUGAGAAUAUUGAAUUGAUUUUACAGCUAUCUAAAAAAAUUGAUGAAAAUGCAAAUAUUUUAGCCAUUUCCUCUGAAGACCCUCAAAAAUUUGUUAAUUUUGUAAUGAAAAACCCUCCUUCGUUAUCAUUCAGAGAUUUUAUUGAUAGAAUUCAGAACAAAUGCAUGUUUGGUGCGGUUGUUUACCUUGGUGCUACCUAUCUUCUCCAACUGGUAUUUCUUACAAGAGACGAAAUGAAUGGUCCCAUCAAGUUAAAGACUAAAUUGCAAGAGGACCAAGCCCAUAGGAUUAUCAUAUCCACAAUACGAAUUGCCACUAAGUUACUAGAAGACUUUGUUCACUCACAGAACUAUAUUUGCAAAGUGUUUGGUAUCUCAAAAAGGCUGCUAACCAAACUAGAAAUCUCUUUUAUGGCAUGUGUAAAUUUUGAUGGAUUAAUGAUCACCUGUGAAAAAAUAGAAAAGACACUGCAUAUUCUUGAUGAUACAAGACAGGCAUUAGGAAAUACAUGA